UGCGGCGGCCUCCGCAUCCUCCCCGGGGCCUCGGCGCACCCCGGGCACCAGCCUAGGCGGGGCGCCCCCCGGACAUGCCCCGGCGGAGGCGCGGCAGCCGGGUGAGCGCCCUGGAGGACUGCCGGGAAGACGCGGCAGCCCCGGCGGCGGCCCCCCCAGUGCCCUCGGCCACGUGGGCGAGCGGAGCUCCGCAGGCAGCGGCCGCGGGCGAGCCGGUUCUGCUCCGCGGCAUCUUCGAGAUCGGGCGGGCCAGCUGCGACGUGGUGCUGAGCGAGCGGGCCCUGCGCUGGAGGCCCAUCGAGCCCGUGCGCCCCGAGGGAGAGUCCAAGCUUGACUUAAUGUGUGAUGAAGAAUUUAUUGAACUCAAGAACAUAUUCUCUGUCAAACUGAAGCGGCGUUGUUCUAUUAAACAGAGAGACGGCACUUUAUUAGGCAUUACUCUAUUCUUCUGUUUGAAAAAGGAGCGAAACAAGUUAAAGGAUGCUAUACUUGAUCUGAUUAAUUUAAGUGAAGACCACUGUGAUGUAUGGUUUAGACAACUCAAGAAAAUUUUGGCAGGUUUUUCCAACAGACCACAGUCACUAAAGAUUCUCCUUAAUCCUCAAAGUCACAAAAAAGAAGCUACCCAGGUUUAUUAUGAGAAGGUGGAGCCACUGCUGAAGAUUGCAGGGAUAAAGACUGAUGUAACAAUAACAGAAUAUGAAGGGCAUGCUCUGUCACUUUUAAAAGAAUGUGAGCUGCAGGAAUUUGAUGGUGUCGUCUGUGUCGGUGGAGAUGGGUCUGCGAGUGAAGUAGUUCAUGCGUUGCUUCUUCGAGCACAGAAGAACGCUGGAGUGGAAGCGGGACGCAUCCUGACUCCAGUACGAGCCGAGCUUCCCCUCGGCAUAAUACCAGCAGGCUCCACGAACAUAUUGGCACAUUCAUUUCAUGGAGUCGCUCAUGUGGUAACUGCAACUUUGCACAUUAUAAUGGGGCACAUCCAACCAGUUGAUGUCUGUACCUUCAGCACCAGCAGCAAACUUCUUCGAUUUGGAUUUUCAGCCAUGUUUGGCUUUGGAGGGAGAACUUUGGCUCUGGCAGAAAAGCAUCGAUGGAUGUCCCCUAACCAGCGGAGGGACUUUGCGAUAGUUAAGGCCCUAGCAAAACUCAAGCCAGAGGACUGUGACAUAUCAUUUUUGCCAUUUAAUAGUUCUCAGGAUUUACAAGAAAAGAAGGCACAGGGGUCUCCCACAUCUGCCUGUACUGAUCAGUGGCAAAUGGUACAGGGUCAGUUCUUGAAUAUCAGCAUCAUGGCAAUUCCCUGCCUGUGCUCAGUUGCGCCUAGGGGUCUGGCACCUAACACCAGAUUAAACAAUGGAAGUAUGGAUCUUAUAAUUGUACGAAACACUUCUCGGCCGGAAUUUAUAAAGCACCUGAAAAGAUACGGCAGUGUUAAAAACCAGUUCAAUUUUCCAUUUGUUGAAACUUACACUGUGGAAGAAGUAAAAGUCCAGCCAAGGAAUAAUAUGAGUAAAUACAAUGGAGAAGCAGGAGCUGAGCCACAGGAAACUGCUUCAGAAGACAGUUUUCCUUGGAACAUAGAUGGCUAUUUACUGGAAGUUGCAUCAGAUGUCCAUGUUAGACUUCAUCCAAGACUCAUCAAUCUUUAUGGAGUAAGCGUGGAGGACAUGAAUGAUUCCAAAGUAACAUGUAACUGCUUAUAAUGUAUGAAAUAGAAUGCUUCAACUUACUGAAUUUUAAUCAAUACCUAAAGGUACACAUCCUCAAUUUUCUUAAACUGGUUCAGUAGGGAACUGUGUUUGCUUGAUCCUGCAUUAAGUUCAUGAAGGAGGUUAAUGUUAGACACAUCAUAAUGAGACUUUCCUUAUUUGAUCAUUUUCAAAUACAUUGGUAGAAAUAUAAACUUCUAUAUUUACAAAGAUGAAUGUUUAUAAUCCAGAUAAAAAACUAUUAUAUUAAAGAUUUCCAUAUAACAAAUCUGUAUUUUACAGUUUAUAUUUGAUAUUCAGAAUGAUGAAUAUCAUUACAACCAGCUGUUUCACAAUAUAAAUUAAGAUUCUUUAAUACUGUUUUUUUUUUAAUAAAAUCACAAUCACAGGGAAGCUAUAUUAGGAACUAUCCACAAAGUUGAAACCAGUGUAUAGUAAGAAGUUCAGUCUGAAGUUUAAAUUGAAAGGCUUAGUGUUUUCAAGUGAGGGUUGACUUUGACUUGUUAGAAUUU